UGGAACUAUUCCAACAAAAGCUGGUUUUCUUCUUUGCACGUUAAGCUUCACUGAGCAGAAGGAACCUCAGUCCCCCAGAAAUGAAUAAAAGCCCUGAGCAUCAACAUCUGACCACCUUCCUCACUGCCGGCCACUUAGCCAUGAGACCCCAUUCCUGCCUGGCUGUCCUCUUGCUGUUUGGGAUGAUAAUGCCCAAAGGAAAAGCUGGCGUUAUCCCUGGGGAAAAGCAAUGCAUUUUGUUGAAAGGCAUGUGCAAAGACAUAGCAUGCACGUCCACGGAUGACACCAUUGGCGAAUGCAAUGAUGAGAAAAAAUGCUGUCGGAAAUGGUGGGUGUUUGAACCCUACCCAACACCCAUUCCUAGAGGAAAAUCUCCUUAGAGGGGAGGAAACUGCAAGCUGUCAAGUUUCGGAAAGCAUGGACAAGCUGUGUAGAUUUCGGCUUAAGUACACUCACCUCCCUUGCCUGGAAAUAAA